UACUGGCGAUCUCAAACGGACAGUAUUCAUAAAGUCGUUGAGAGAUCGGUACAUCUUUUCACGUUGUUGAGCGCAUUAUUAUUGUUUGUUCGUUUAUUAGAAAUUGUGAUCGAUUGGAAUCGAAUUUUUUGAGAGCGAAGAUUUUUUGUGUGUUGUUGAUUCGAAAGGAGCAAAAAGAUUUUGUUUCUUUUGGGAUUUUUUUUUUAAAUUUUGUGACGAAUGCCCAUACUCAAAUUGUCGAUUUGUUUUUCGCGAUUUUCGUUGGUGUUUUAUGAAAAUUUAAACAGAAAAUUUUCUCGAUGAAAUUUUCGAUAUUUUAUGUGAUUGACUUGUCGUACACUUGAUACCAUUCCAUCCAAGCAUACAACCGGGAACAGUGAACUUUUUUCCUUUGACCAAUCAGUGAAAAAUAUGUUUUGCAAAUUUUGACAAAACUUUGACCAUUUGAAGAAGAUAAAAAAUCGAAAAAAAUGGAAACGUGUGUUCUAAUACCUCAAGAAUUUUCAUUAGUUGUAACAUCGUUGGGAGCCCGUAACUCCGGCGACCAGGUGGCAUCCGUAUGGACGACCAACCGGAUAAAACAAGGAGCCUUCUACUAUCCGUUCCAAGGAACCGUACGAAUCGACAAAUUGAACAUUUAUUCGUAUGUGGACGAUGAAGAUAUUCGAUACAGAUUUGGUCUUUACGAUGAAGUUACCGUAAUUAAUGGAUGUCGUGUACGACACUGUAAUUGGAUUAGAUUUUUACGGGUAUCAGAGACAUAUGGACCACAGGUGAAUAUCGUUUGUACCAAAGUCAAAGGAGAACCGUUGUACGAAAUCGUUAAGCCAUUAGCUGCCCACCAAGAAUUAGUUGUAUAUUAUUUACCUGAACGACCGGAGCGACCUGAAGAAUUGUUUUUCGUUCGAAUGAGAAGCACACUGUAUCGACGCACAAUGGAUUCGAUACUGGAAGAAUCGCCAUUGGAUUUAUCGAUGUCAUUACUAUCAAGAGUGUUAUUGCCCAUAUCACCACCAUCCGGCGGUGAAGACGAACAUAAAUCCGUUUCGGGCGAAUCGUUAACAUCAUCGUCAUCAUCAGCUGCAAGCAGUACCGGUGAUUUGUUGGACUCGACCAUAACGAUACCAAGGUCAUCGCCGAAGGCAAGACCUACCCGCGGUGAACGGGCACUGUUGCCGUGCGAGGUGUGCGGGAAGGCAUUCGAUCGGCCGAGUUUGCUCAAGCGACAUAUGCGCACGCAUACAGGUGAAAAACCACACGUGUGCUUGGUUUGCGGUAAAGGUUUCAGUACCAGCAGCAGCUUGAACACUCAUCGACGCAUACACAGUGGCGAGAAGCCCCAUCAGUGUCAAGUAUGUGGGAAACGAUUUACGGCCAGCUCCAAUUUAUAUUACCAUCGAAUGACACAUAUUAAGGAAAAGCCUCACAAAUGUGGGCUUUGUUCGAAAUCAUUCCCAACACCCGGCGAUCUCAAGUCACACAUGUACGUGCACAGUGGCUCUUGGCCGUUCAAGUGUCAUAUAUGUUCGAGAGGAUUCUCGAAACAUACAAACCUCAAGAAUCAUCUAUUUCUACACACCGGUGACAAGCCCCACUCUUGUAAUCUAUGCAACAAAAAGUUUGCGCUUGCCUGUAAUUUAAGAGCCCACAUGAAAACCCAUGAAGGUGAACCCACCGAAGAAUGUAUGCGAUGCGGCAAAAUGUACAUUUUAACAGCGGAUGUGAACAAAGGUAUGUGCGGACGGUGUCUCGGCAUACCGUGCGACCAAAUGUCCAAUUCACAAUUCCGAUCAUCGGGUGAAUCCGGCACGGAAGAAGAGGAAUCAUCGAAUGGUGGCACUGAGUUCAGUGACAGUCGGUAGUGAGACCGGAGGAGGAGAAAAAAAAGGUUUGGCGUAUUAUGAGAGAAUUGUUGUACAAAUUAGGAUCGAUGUUUAGUGGAGACUCUACCAAAUUCACCGAAUAGAAAGUGCCCAAAAUGAAAAACUUUUUUGUUGUAAAUAUUACAAGACUGUAAAUAAUGAGACUUCAGAUGCUAUUUACGUAUAGUUUUUAUGGUUCUCCUACAUCGUUUUAUUAAGUUUAUUUAUACAUUUUAUGGAAAAACUUUAAUUUUAUUAAAAAUUUUUAAUUGGUUGGAACUGUUAACAAAAAAACCUCACCGUCAGACAUGCAAGUGAUUUUUUGUCUUGCUCAUUCUGACGCUGACAAACGUUCAUAAUUUUUAUAUUUACGAAAUUGAUCGGCCACAGAGAG